AUAUGAGGAAGGGGUUAGGAAAAGGACCUAAACCAGAUAAGGUUGGGGAUUACAUGACUUUUGAUGAUAUGAGUAAGGUGGUAAAAGGCUCAUUUGAGUUCUUGUUAGGUAGAGACCCUCCUAAGAAAUUGGAUGAUUAUGAAAAUUCCAUUCUAAAGUACGCCUUGCUUAAGUAUCCUGCCAUGUCCAACCCUAAUGUCCCAUCUAAUAUACCAGUGAUACCUACUAUGUUGCUGGCAAGAGCAGUAUUUCAUCAUGAUGUUAGUGGUGGCCCUUUUGAUCCUUUUCUUAGUUUUGUAGCUCUAGAUGAUCUUCCCAUUCCUCCUAAACAUGUCGUUGAAAAAGCACAAAAAGAGUGGAAUGAUCCAAAAUUACAUGUUUUUAAGGAAUAUUUAGUAACUAGUUGGUCUAUUUUAGGUAAUUACGAACUCGAAAACCUCGAAUACUCCAGAGAUCAUCUUUAUCUAGCUAAAAGAAACAAUAUAACACUACCUAAAGUAAAGUUAAAUGACCAAGAUCACGAAUACCAGGAUAUGUUAAGAACCACUCCAUACUUUUGGCUGGAACCUAGAGUAUUCAAUAUUGCUCAGGGGUUUCUAGUAGAUAAGAGACUCAUUCGUAGAGAAAUGGAUAAUCAUAUAUCUAGAGAUGAUUACGAUGGAUCAUAUAAACUUAAUAAACCUUUCUACGCUAUUGGAUCUUAUAUGGAAAAGGGAGAAUGUGACAUAACAAUCAAACUUAGAGAGGAGGGUUAUGAAAUUAAAGACGUAUACUACUUCGAUAAUCUUGUGAGACAAGCAUUUUUUUAAAAA